CCGGUAACAAAGGCUGUUCUCAACCUACGCCCUUGCUUCCUCCUCGCCGAUAACAUACUAACCCGCAGGUCACUCAGAUAGUCGCUCUCUUGCGUGUUAUUUACACUUUUGGGGGUCUUGAUUCGCUGCCAAAGGAUCUCGGACACCAGCAAUUCCCCGCGUAAGCCACCGUCAUGGAGAACUAUCAGAAGAUGGAAAAGAUUGGGGAGGGAACCUACGGCGUCGUCUACAAAGCUCGCGAUCUCACAACCAAGGACAAUAGGAUUGUCGCCCUCAAGAAGAUCCGCCUGGAGGCCGAGGAUGAAGGCGUUCCCUCAACCGCUAUCCGAGAGAUCUCGCUCCUCAAGGAGAUGAACGACCCCAACAUUGUCCGCCUUCUGAACAUCGUGCAUGCCGACGGCCAUAAGCUCUACCUCGUCUUCGAAUACCUCGAUCUCGAUCUCAAGAAGUACAUGGAGGCGCUCCCGGUGAGCCAGGGUGGGCGUGGGAAGCCUCUACCUGAGGGUUCAGGUCCUGCCCUCAAGUCGUUGGGUUUGGGCCCCGAGAUGGUGAAGAAGUUUAUGGGUCAGCUCUGCCAGGGUGUUCGGUAUUGCCAUGCUCAUCGAGUGCUUCACCGCGAUUUGAAGCCCCAGAAUCUCCUGAUUGACAAGGAUGGCAACCUCAAGUUGGCUGAUUUUGGUCUGGCGCGUGCCUUUGGCGUCCCGCUACGCACAUAUACUCACGAGGUGGUCACGUUAUGGUACCGUGCUCCCGAGAUUCUGCUGGGUGGUCGGCAGUACUCGACAGGCGUCGAUAUGUGGUCGGUCGGCUGCAUCUUCGCCGAGAUGUGCACCCGCAAGCCUUUGUUCCCAGGUGACUCUGAAAUUGACGAGAUCUUCAAGAUCUUCCGGGUACUUGGAACCCCAGACGAACAGGAGUGGCCCGGCGUGACAUCCUUCCCCGACUUCAAGUCUUCAUUUCCCAAGUGGAAACGCACCGACAUUGCGACCAUAGUCACCAACCUGGACGACGCAGGCUUGGAUCUUCUGGAUGCUAUGCUUGUCUACGACCCGGCUGGACGCAUAUCAGCCAAGCAGGCGGUCCAGCAUCCCUACUUCACCGGCUCAAACGGAUACGGCGGGCGUAUGAAUAGCGGAAACGGCGUCAUAGGCGUUUUAUUUUGGCUCCGCAACCAGACCUUAGACUACUCCUUUGCACACCUCACAUCGUCUCAGAUGCCACCACAAGCCCCCGAACUUCUUCCUACACACGAAGGCCCACGCCUCAUCGUCUACGCUCAGACCUUUCACGAUGAAGAUGGCCAUUACCAUUCAUUGCUCCCGCUCAUAACAGAGAAGACCGGCAUUACGCAUGUUAUUGUAGCCGCCAUACAUAUCAAUGAGGAUCCCGACAAGAUUACUCUAAAUGAUCACCCGCCAGAGGACAAGCGCUACUACACGCUAUGGAGCGAAGUAAAAUGGCUUCAGGGCCACGGCGUCAAGGUGCUGGGUAUGUUGGGUGGCGCCGCGAAGGGCAGUUAUGAGCGUCUGACGGGGAGUGAGGAGCAGUUCGAGCGCUACUACACGCCGCUCAAACGCCUCAUCCAGAUCCACGCCCUCUCGGGCCUCGACCUCGACAUCGAAGAACCCGUGCCGCUCUCCACGCCCUCCCGCCUCAUCACCCGUCUCCGCGCAGACUUCGGCCCAGAAUUCCUCAUCACCAUGGCCCCCGUAGCCACCGCCCUCCUCCCGGACCCAAACAUCCCUCCCCACUUGCGCCCGCCGCGCCCCAUGCUCGCAAGUCCAGGAACCACGCCGAACCCCCUGCACAAGACGCUCCCGCACCUCAGCGGCUUCAGCUACCCGGCGCUCGAGUGCAGCGCCGCAGGGCAGGAGGUAGCGUGGUACAACGCGCAGUUCUACUGCGGGUGGGGCGACGCGCGGAGCACGGCGUGGUACGAGGCCAUCAUCGCGGCCGGGUGGGCGCCUGAGCGCGUGGUCCUGGGCGUGGUGACGAAUCCGCGGAAUGGGGCCGGGUUCGUCGACGUGCAGAGGUUGAGCGAGGUGGUGGGCGAGUUGAGGAGGAAGUAUUCCGGGGUGGGCAAGGGGUUUGGUGGGGUUAUGGGGUGGGAGUAUUUUAAUGGCGGCGAGUCCGAGGAGGAUUUGGAGGCUGUCACGGAGCCUGAGGUCGGGUGUGAGACGCUGAGGGCUGGGUGGGUGGGUGUGUUGGGGAGGGUGUUGAGGACGAGGGAUGUCGUCGCUGGUGGUGGGGGGCAGCAGGUCGGUGGGGUGGGGAAUGUUGCGUCGGAGGAGGAAAUCAGACGGAUUGUCGAGAGUUUACCGGGCGCGGAGGUGCCGUGGCCGGAGGAGAAGAUUCAGGGGUUGGUGGCAAUUGGGUUUGAGAGGCAUGAAGCGGUCGCGGCGCUGAACGCUACGGACGGCGAUGUCGAUCUCGCUGCCGGUUUCCUGUUUGAUCAUAGGUAGGCGGGAGCUUUUUGGUAGUGGAUCAAAGGUGGAGUUGGGCAAAGUACCAGCAACAUGAUUGAGGUGCGAGUAGAACGAAGAGAUACCCAACGAGGCAGGCAUGACGAGCGAAAUCUCAACGUAUGAUAGAUAAUGGGAAUGACAGAAUUAUAGGUAAUGGACCACGAUCCAAAAUUACGAGCAGCGCU